AUGCUUGGGGCGGAGAGCAGAGUGGAGAGCCGGUUUAUGAAGCUGGAGGUCCUCAUGAGGAACCCAGAGUCGGUGUUAAAUUUGGAAACAUUGCUGGAUUCCAUAAAUGCCUUGGCUCACGAUUUGAACUAUCCUGCUUUGCGGAAGAACAAGAACAUUGAAACAUUUCUCAACCGAUAUGAAAAGGCGGUGAGCCAGCUGCGCGAGCUUCAGGUCAAGCUCGAAGACUUUGAGAAGGUGAAGCUGAUUGGAAGAGGAGCAUAUGGAGAAGUGCAGCUGGUGCGACACAAGGCCUCACGGAAGGUUUAUGCAAUGAAGAAGCUCAACAAAUUCGAGAUGAUUAAGCGAUCUGACUCAGCUUUCUUCUGGGAGGAGAGGCACAUCAUGGCCUUCUCAAAUAGUCCCUGGGUCAUCCAGUUGUGUUGUGCCUUCCAAGACGAUCGUCACCUUUACAUGGUGAUGGAGUUCAUGGCGGGUGGUGACGUAGUCACACUCACAAUGAACUACGACAUACCAGAGGAGUGGGCUCGCUUCUACACGGCCGAGGUGGUGCUAGCCCUGGACGCCAUCCACUCCAUGGGCUUCAUCCACCGUGACGUCAAACCUGACAAUAUGCUGCUUGACCAGCACGGGCACCUCAAGCUAGCUGACUUCGGCACAUGCAUGAAGAUGGACUCUACAGGCAUGGUGCGUUGUGACACUGCCGUGGGCACGCCCGACUACAUCUCCCCAGAGGUGCUCCAGUCUCAGGGGAGCGUGGGUCAUUAUGGGCGCGAAUGCGACUGGUGGUCUGUGGGGGUCUUCAUAUAUGAGCUGCUAGUGGGUGAAACUCCUUUUUACGCUGAAUCCCUGGUUGGAACCUACGGAAAAAUCAUGAACCACAAGAAUUCCCUAAUUUUCCCUGAUGAUGUAGAGAUGUCCAAGGACGCCAAAGACCUCAUCUGUGCCUUUCUAACUGACAGGGAGGUUCGUCUGGGCCGCACUGGAGUAGAGGAGAUCAAAACACAUCCUUUCUUCAAAAGCGACCAGUGGACCUUUGACAACAUUCGAGAAACUGUGGCUCCUGUCGUACCUGAGCUGAACAGCGACAUCGACACCAGCAACUUUGAUGACAUUGAGGAUGAUAAAGGAGCCGUUGAGACCUUCCCGCCACCCAAAGCCUUUGUGGGCAACCAGCUUCCAUUUGUCGGAUUCACUUACUUCAAAGAAGACCAAUUGCUGAAGGUUAAGAAAAACAGCCCGGAGGAGAAUUCUGAGAACAAAAAGGAAAUAUUGGAGGAAAAGCAACAGCACUCUGACAACAAGAAAGAACAACUGCAAAAAAAACUGAAUGAACUGGAGGAGCAACUCGACCAUGAAAUGCAGGCCAAAGACGAGCUGGAGCACAAGUUCCGAAAUGCCACCAACCGUUUAGACAAGUUGGUCAAGGAAUUAGACAAGGAGAUGAACAGCAAACAGCGCGUGGAGGCCUCGCUGAGGCAGAUGGAGCGCGAGCGAGCGCUGCUGCAGCACCAGAGUAGUGAAAACCAGCGCAAAGUAGAGAUUGAGACGGACAGGAAACGGGGCUUGGAGAAUGAAUUGAAUAGUUUGAGGGACCAGUUAGAAGAUCUGAAGAAGAAGAACCACAAUUCACAGAUCUCCAAUGAGAAGAACAUCCAGCUGCAGAAACAACUCGAUGAGGCGGCCGGGACACUCCAGGCGGAGCAGGAGGCAGCGUCAAAGCUAAAGAAGAGCCAAGCAGAGAUUCAAAAACAAGCCCAGAGCCUGGAGCUGAGCCUCAGGGAGGUGCAGGAGAAGUGUAAGCAGCUGGAGGAGGGCAAGAUGGAGCUGGAGCGGCAGCUGACAACACUGCAGGCUGAACUGGGGGCAGAGAAGAGGGAGCGCAGCAUCAAGACAGAGGUUAUUGCCGACCUACAGGGACGGACAUCUGCCUUGAAACAGGAGGUGAAAGAAAUGAAGUCGUGCCUCUCCAUCGUCCAGACUGAAAAGAACCAACUGCAGGAGAGGCUCAAUGAUCUUGAGAAGGAAAAGAGCAACCAAGAGAUCGAACUGACGUUCAAGUUAAAGUCCCUUCAGCAGAGUCUGGAGCAAGAGGAGGCUGAACACAAAGCUGUCAAGGCCAAACUGGCAGAUGACAACCAAAUUUACCAGUCAAUAGAGGAGGCAAAAUCUGCUGCCUUAAAAGAAAUGGAACGCACCCUUCAGGAGGAGCGCACUCUGAAGCAGGAGGUGGAGGCUAAGCUGCUGCAGCUGAAGAAAGAUCACUCCAUGUUGGACUGUGAUUACAAACAGGCACAGCAUAAAAUGGAGGAGCUGCAUGCUCAAAAAGAGAAAGUUUCUGAAGAGGUAAAGAACCUCAGCUUGCGACUGGAUCAGGAGGUCCACAGGCGCAGUCUGGCCCAGAGUGACCUAAAAAUGGAAAAACAGCAGGUGACUGUCCUGCACACCUCGGAGAAGCAGCUCAAGCAAGAACUCAACCAACUGCUGGAGAUUAAGCAGGUCUUGGACAAACAAAAUCAGGAGAUGCGCAGGGAGAAACAGGAGUCAGAAAGCCUAGUGAAAGAUUUAAAGGACCAGCUGGAGGCGGAGCAAUAUUUCACGACCCUUUACAAGACACAAAUCCGUGAGUUAAAGGAGGAGUGUGAUGAGAAGAACAACUUGUACAAAGAGACGCAACAACGUCUGGAAGAGUACCAGGAGGAAAGGGAAUCGCUCGCUUCCCAACUGGAAGUCAGCCUGACCAAAGCAGACUCGGAGCAGUUGGCCCGCUCCAUCGCUGAGGAGCAGUACUCUAAUUUGGAGAAAGAGAAAAUCAUGAAGGAGCUAGAAAUCAAAGACAUGCUGGCAAAACACAAACAGGAGCUCGGCGACAAGGAGGCCACCAUCACCUCGCUGGAGGAGUCCAAUCGCACUCUGACUGUGGAUGUGGCCAACCUAGCGAGUGAGAAGGAGGAACUCAACAACCAGCUUAAAGAACUACAUCAACAACUCCAGAAAGCAAAGGAUGAAGAAAAGAACAUGAGCUCCCUCAUAGUGGCCUUUGAAAAGCAGUUGCAGACUGAAAGGACGCUAAAAAUUCAGGCCAUCAACAAGCUCGCUGAGGUGAUGAACCGAAGGGAGCCUGCAAGGGGAGGGCACCGGGGCACAGACACAGAGGUGCACAGGAAAGAGAAGGAGAACAGGAAGCUACAACUGGAGCUGAGAUCCGAGAAGGACAAACUUAACAGCACCAUCAUCAAAUACCAACGAGAGCUGUCGGAAAUGCAAGCGCUGAUUGCAGAGGAGAACCAAGUGCGUCAGGAACUUCAGAUGACAUUGGCCAGCAAGGACAGUGACAUCGAGCAGCUUCGAUGCCAGCUCACCUCCCUCAGCAUUCAUUCUCUAGAUUCAACCAGCAUCAGCAGUGGCAAUGAUCUAGAUGUGGGCGAAGGCUACCCAGACUCCAGAUUAGAGGGCUGGCUUUCACUCCCUACCAAGCAAACAAAACGGUUCGGCUGGGACAAAAAGUUUGUAGUGGUAAGCAGUAAAAAGAUUCUAUUCUACAACAGUGAGCUGGACCGAGAACAGGCCAACCCUUUCAUGACUUUGGACAUAGACAAGCUGUUUCAUGUCCGACCUGUCACUCAGACUGAUGUGUACCGUGCAGACGCUAUAGAAAUCCCCCGGAUAUUUCAGAUCCUGUACGCCAAUGAGGGCGAGAGCAAGCGUGACCAGGAAGUCGUCAUGGAGACCACGCCCUUUGGCGAACGCCCCUUGUACAUUAGCCACAAAGGUCAUGAGUUCAUCCCCACCCUCUAUCACUUCCCUUCAAGCUGCGAGGCAUGCGCUCGGCCGCUGUGGCAUGUGUUUAAGCCGCCACCGGCCCUCGAGUGUCGCCGUUGCCACACCAAGUGCCACAAGGACCACCUGGACAGGAAGGAGGAGGUCAUUGUGCCCUGCAAGGUGAACUAUGACAUAUCAACUGCCAAAGAGCUGAUUUUACUAAGCGGAAGCCGGGAGGAGCAGCAGCGAUGGGUCAGCCACCUUCUCAAGCGCAUCCCCAGGAAGCACCCGCAGCCCGCCGCUUCUUCCCAUCUACCUGAGCCAUCGGCGAGAUCUUCCCCCAGAGUUUCGCCACGCCCGUCGCCGAAGAGCUCACCACAGAUUUCGCCUCACCGUGGGGCCAUGAGGUUGUCAGCCACCAAGUCACAGCAGCCGUCUGGGAAGGCAAGGUGA